AUGGCUGAAUACGAGCCUAGCACAAGCUCGAGUGCUACAGUGCACUUCUUCACAUCCCUUCUUUUCAGCUCUCCACGACUCCCAUUCUCCGAGACCCAGAAGAAAGCCAUACUCAAUUGGGCCAGAAGUCUUGGCGCUCAAAAUGUCCCCUCACUGGGUUCAAUGAAGAAGUGCCACACAUACCUGGAUAAUCUUAUUGGCAAUCUGACUCAGCAAGUCACAUCUUGUGCUGGUGAUGUAUUUUACAUCAACAACAUCACAGAAGCAAUCGCAAAGGACUACGCGAAUCCACUUACUCAGUUUGCAAUGAAGGAUUACCCCAAGGAUGGUGGUGAGGGGAUGUCGCAAGUAUUCAAUGGGAAGAAGAUGUUGCUCGAUCUUCUGUCACCACCGGCGGUUCAAGUAGAUGGAACAAUUUACUUCACAGAUGAACUACUACAGGAUAACUCUGGAGACUACUUUAUUCCAGAGCACUUUUUUUAUGCCUUGCCUCCUGCAGACUCAGAUGGUGAUGACACUGAACUCCAUGAGCAUGCAGAUGCGAAGCCCUUAUAUGCACUUGGUCGGGCAGUCGAACGAAUGGAGGCUGGAUUCAUUGUUCAUGAUGAGCAAGAGAUCAUUCCUAUGUCCACAUUUGUGCAGUCAUUUGAAGACAUAGCUGCGACACAGGGUGAACUUGAUUGUGGGCUUACAGCCUCGUCCACCAAAUAUGUGUCACUUUUGCCAAGUCCAAUGCAUAAAAAGGCAAACAGUUGCAUGGUAUAUACAGUCCCUCUCAUCAUAUUCAUGGACAAUGUUUCUGGUAACAUAUCCAAACAAUGGAAUAAACAUCACGCAAUCUAUAUGUUGAACACAAAUUUACCCCGUGAGAUGCUGGAGAAAGAAUUCUUUGUAUGCUUUGUUACAUCUUUGCCUCAUGUUGCUCCCAUGGAACUCAUGCGGGCAAUGAAACAAUCAAUUUCAUUUGUUGCUACAUCUGGUGUUGUUGCAUGGGAUUGCAAAGAUAACGAAGAAGUCUUGCUGAUUCCAUGCGGGCUUUUCCUUGCUGGGGACAAUCCCAUGCAGGCAGAGGAGUGCAGCCACGCAGGGCUAAACUGUAAUUAUUUCUGUCAGACGUGCAACAUUGGUGGAACAAAAGAAUUCAAGGCAUCUGAGGGUGGUUAUAGUAGCCUGUUUAUGCAGUUUGAGACAGCAUUGAAGUCUGGUGCAACAGAGAAAAUCAAGAAUUUGGUGUCGACAACAGGUAUUUGUGAUACAGCCUCCAUCUCUAUCAUCAACACCCUUGUGGAACUUGGAAAGAAGCUCCAAAAACACGUGGCUGGUACUCAAGCAAUGUCUGAAGCGGAUGUCACAGCUGCACUGGAGAAGGAAUUUGAGGAACUUCUGCAAGGCAACACACUUGACAACACCAUCAACCCGUUGUUGGGGAUGGAUGGUCUCAAUAUGCACAUGGACACACCAACGGAAAUCCUGCAUACAGUGCUACUUGGUGUUGUCAAGUACUUCUGGGGGCAAACUGUAUUUUUACUCGAAAAAGCAAUGGACAUUUUUCAGACUCAUCUCCAUUCUCCUGAUUGGAAAGCAUUUCAAGAGCUUGGCACAAGUGAUGCCAUUCUUAAUUUAUUCGUGCCUUCAACUAUUCUCGAUGCAUGGACCAUCAUCGGAGAAUUUGUUGUGCUUGUAUGGCACACUAACAUAUUGAAUACAGAAGCUUAUCUUGCAAAGUUAUCUCGAACGAUUGAGGAUUUCCUUAAUGUCAUGGCACAAUGCUCCCCCAGUAUCAUUAUCAGCAAGCCGAAAUUUCACUUUUUGAUUCACCUCCCAGCUUACAUUCGUCGGUUUGGGCCUGCAAUUGUAUUUUCAACAGAAAGAUACGAGUCAUUUAAUCAUGUUUUCUACAUUGUCAAGCAUGUGGCCACUGGCGGAUAUUGGUACAACCCCGAGGCAGCAAAAUGGGUUCAGGCAGGUCCAGUGGUCAUUGGGUACCUGCACAAUCACCCAAAGCAAGCCCGACUUCUCAGGUUGUCCUAUUUUGUUCAAAUCCCCCUGGUACCUGGUUCUGGAAAGGCUCUAUCGACUGCUGGCGCAAAUGGAAAAACAACAAGGACCGAUGUCGUGGCCUGGAAGAACACUCUUUGUGCGAAGACCUUGAAGACUGCACGGCCUGGCAUCAUGGGCAUUGGACAAAUUUGCGAGAUCCUCAUAUCACUGGAGGACCACAAAACAGUGAUUCAUGUCGCACUACAGCUCUUUACGUUUCUGGAUACAUUACAUGCCUCUGUCCAUCUCCCACGUCUGAAUCUUAUGGAUGAUGAAGUAGUUGUAAUGGCAUUGGAUAUCAUGUGCAUCAUCAAUCUCCAGCACAACUGUAUCGACUCACAAUGUAUGGACACCCUUGAACAAAAUGUCCAUCAAGAAUGGAUCAAAACAUCUCGGACAAAACCUACCAUUUGCCAUAAGUCCACACCGCACUUUCUUGUCAAUGCCUACUCUCUUCAUAACUAUGCACAUAUCCACCUUGUUAUCCCCGAAAAGCUUCGUGAAACGCCACUGAGAGUUACAAAUGUGGCGGAAGUUCAGGCCAUGGCUGUACAACAUAUGAAGGAGAAGAAAGCCUCAAAGAGAGCUGGUGACGCACCUCAAGAAGCCGAAAGCACCAAGAAUGAUGUUCAGGGUUUGUUGGUACCAGUUCCAGCCUUUGAUAAACCUUCUGUCAAACCGAGGACCACCACAAAAUCAAAAGCAAGAGCAAGCAACUCCAGCACAUGGGGCAAGAAGGCUGCGCCAUCUUGUCCCCAUCAGCUUGAAGUUGUUCACAGGUCAUCACCAUCCGCUCAGCAAAAUUCUGUGGUUCAAUCUAAUACUGCUGCUUUUGAUCAGCAUGGCCAGGGCCACUUCACGCCAUCAUACCCUCAUCUGCCCCAAUACUUCCACUCCUCUUUACCUCAUGCACACUAUCCGCCACCGCUUUUGUCACCAGCAGCAGUCAUGUUCAAGCAGGAUAGCUUUCAGACCACCGCUCUUGCUGUUCUAAAGCAGAGGUGA